CGCAAGGCGGGACGUGCUGGGCUGGGGACUUCUUGGUGUGUCAAAAUGGCGGCGCCCAUGCUGAGGGGGGCGCUGUACGGAAUGCGGGCCGGGCGGGCGUUCGGUACCGCGGCUGCUCUCUGCAGGCGGGAAGCCCCUCUAGGGCCAAUGCCUAAUGAAGACAUAGAUGUCAGCAACUUGGAGGCAUUGGAGAAAUACCGCAGCUUUACUCGCUAUUUCAAAGUGGCUGAAAAGGAGAGUAAGAAGACUCAUUGGUGGCAAACAUACAGAAAGCAUAUCACACCAGUGCAAGAUGAAGAGGCAAAGAUAGACAUUGGCCUGCCUCGCUAUGGACAGCCAUGGGCAAAGAAACUGAAAGAGAGAAAAGAAAUACUGAAACACAACCACCAGAAUGCGGAAAUGGAAAAAGCAUCCCGCCUCAGGACACUGGUGAUUCCACUUGACGAAGUCAAAGCCGAGUGGGAGAAAACCAGUGGCCCGUUGCACAAGCAGCGUAUUGCUGAGCACUAUGGGAUAUACCGCGAUAUGUUUGAUGAAGCCACAUUCGUCCCCAGAGUGGUGCUGCGGGUAGAAUACAGUCUAGGUGAUGAGUAUGUCAUGCCCGUAUAUCAUGGGAACUUUGUGACACCCACCGAGGCUUCCAAUCCCCCAGAAGUGAUGUAUGAGGCAGAUGAAGGUUCUCUUUGGACUCUGCUGCUCACAAAUCUGGAUGGACACCUGCGAGACGCUGAUUCCGAGUAUGUCCACUGGCUGGUGACGAACAUUCCAGGCAACAAUAUAGAUUCAGGGAAGGAGAUUUGCCAUUACUUCCCUCCAUUCCCUGCCAAGGGAACUGGCUACCACCGCUUUGUCUUCAUCCUCUUCAGGCAGGACCGACCAAUUGAUUUCACUGAAGAUGUUCGGCCGACUCCAUGCCACAGUCUCAAGAUGAGAACUUUCAAGACCUUUGACUUCUAUAAGAAGCACCAGAACAACAUGACCCCAGCCGGGUUGGCAUUUUUCCAGUGCCAGUGGGAUGAUUCCGUUACUCAUGUCUUUCACAACCAUCUCAACAUGAAGGAGCCAGUGUUUGAGUUUGUGCGACCCCCUGUGUAUCAUCCCCGUCAGAAGAAGUUUCCACACCUGCAGCCUCUGAGGUACCUGGAUAGGUACAGGGACAGCCACGAGCCCACAUAUGGCAUUUACUAAGGCGUUUCCCACCACUCCAGGAGCUCCAAGCCACUGGGUCAGGAAUACUCUACCUUCUCGACGCGUGUCAAAUGCCUGUGCUGACGGGAACGUUCCAUGACUCUGGGAGAAGGGGGAUGUGAGCUUUCACAAUCACAGCAUGCUGUGGUCUAAGCUCGGAUUCAUUGACAACACUGGAAAGAAUGUAACGGAAGUUUGCCAAUAUUUCUGCUAUUGGUCGUUACCUUGGUCAAAAGCCUUGUUAAUAAAGGAUAUUGUGGCCAUGA